AUGGAAAUGGUGUGCCUGCACAAAGUGCUGAUCCCCGUGCGGCGCGGCGCUGCCGUGACCUGGCUGUACCUGGCCAAGCAGACCUCCCUGCAGGUGUCCCUCCGGGACCCCAGGGGCUGUGAUGGUCUGACGGGGUUGGUAGAAGAGCAGGUCUGCAUUUGCCAGCAGCAAGUGGAAGCCAUGGAUGCAGUGAAGCAAGGUGUGGAGCUGGCUGUCCAGGAGUGCCAACACCAGUUUCACUCUCGCUGCUGGAACUGCUCCACCCUGCAGGGGCUGCAGGUCUUUGGCAAGGUGGCCGUCCAAGGCACAUGGGAGGCUGGUUUCAUCCACGCCAUCUCUGCUGCUGGCAUUGCUUUUGCUGUGACUUGUGCCUGCAGCCACGGGGAGCUGGAGAAGUGUGGCUGUGACUGCAAGAUCCGAGGAGCCAGCCCUGAAGGUUUCCAGUGGUCGGGCUGCUCCAAUAACCUGUCUUACGGGAUUGCCUUCUCUCAAGCCUUCGUGGGCAACCCAGAGAGGAGCCAUGGUGUCUCCUCCAGCCAAGCACUCAUGAACCUGCACAACAACGAGGCUGGGAGGAAAGUAACAGCAGGAACAAGGGCUAGGAAGCAAGCCUGGCUUCAGGAGCUUCCCUCUGGCUAG